UUUCCGCAUUUAAAUAAAUUCUAAUUUCAAUGUUAUAACUGAAAUAAUUUUUUUCUAAUAUUUCGUGAGCACGAUGUGAAUUAGUUUUAGAAAAUAAUAAAAUAGUCCAGAACAAACGGGGCGCGUUGGCUCUUUAAACGAAUGUUUGAAAAAUAAUGUCAGAAAAGAAAGGAAUUUUGAAUUUAUUCAUUCGAAAAACCAGAACGUUAAGUAGUUUUUUCCGGGUUUUAAAUUCAAAUGCGGUACAUAAACGUGAUUGAACGAUCGUGAUACCAGAGGGCGAACCAAAAACCGUCGGUGCUCCACCAAUCGGAUAUCGGAACAACAAGUAACUCCCAUAUGUCCGUUACGGGAACCCAGAGGUCAAAAGGGAUACUUCGCUUGGAGCCUCGUCAAGAAAUGGGAGAAGAACAAUAAUAAAUAGAAUGGAGGUGGUGGUGCUACACGUUAAUCGAACGAAUAGUAAACAAAGACAAUAAAAGGAUACUGGAACGUGCACGUUUUAAACACACAUGUGAUUUAUUAUUGUGAGAAGUACGUUGUAAUCGUAUGACCAAAAAGCAAAGAAAAUAAUAAUUGCGAACGCAAGUGAAUGCAGUUAAAAAUAGCAUUUUUAGCGUUUGAUUUUUUUAAUUAAAAAAUAAAAAUGGAUCGAGUGAAACAUACAAUAAUGGAGACAUUUUUUUAUCCGAACGCGUGUUAUGUGUGUCAACUUUACGGUAAAGAAGUCGAAUUAAACCGAUGUCCGGGCUGCAAAAUGAUAGCUUAUUGCUGUGAACAACAUCGGAAGAUUCAUUGGCCACAACAUGAAGAAUUGUGUCAAGUUAUCAACGAUAUUAUGAAAAAUAAUGGUACGCUUUACGAAAGAUACACGAAUAUGAAAGAUAAAAAUGUUUGGUUCGAAUCGAGAAUGAAAUUGAUAAUUUUGGUGCAACGUAAAUUGAGCCGGGAGCUUAUGCACCAUGAGAUGGAAAUGUUGCACUCACCCAGAUGUUGUGUAACGUGUCACGAAACUGAUCCGGAAAAAUUGAACGAUUGUCUGAACUGUCCAUAUGUCAGUUUUUGUAAAAAACAUCCAAAGAUUGAUAGCAAACAUCGAGCAGAUUGCGAGACGUUGAAACUCUGUUUCGAAUCAAACCACGUGUAUAUCGGUUUUGGAAACGAUUUUGUUUCGGAAAAAUAUGGCAAGAAAAUUCCAAAAACUAUGGAUCAAGCAAUAUGCCUUUACAAACCGUCUUACACAUUUGAGAAAAUCUUCAGGCCAGAAAAAAUCUGGAGCCUUAUUGUCGCAGAUCAAAUAUCAAGAGUUUAUACUUUUUUGUGGUCAUUGAAAAAAUUGUUACGUCCAAAGAUGGAAGAAAUGACAAUUCAUGUUGUCGGCUCUAAUUACAUUGAAAUAUUUACUGCUUAUUACUGGCAGCGUGUGAUCCAUCACAUCAAACGUCUCCAGAAACUUGACAUUGUUUUUAUUGGCCCGGAACUUGAGAACAAUUCAGAAAAAAUAAAGUGCUGCAGAGAUUGUGUCAUCAAUCAUCGUCGACUGAAUAUCCAAUAUGUAGGAGAUUUCUAUGCAAACUUCACAACAAGCCAAUCAUUCGCAAAACCUGAUUACGUUAUUGGAUUCAAUUUGGGUAUUCAUGCGUGUCCUCCUGAAAAUGACACUUGGGCCCCAAGUCUCAAAGUAUUAGCGCAGCUGGAUUGCCCUUUUUUCCUCACUUCAUUUUCUGCAUCAGAGUCAAAACUCGAUCAAGAAAGGAUGAAUGUGAUUUUUGGAAAAAAAGUAAAAAUCUUUUGGACCGGAAGAAAUCCAUUUUCUGGCUGGAAACCUUUCUGGAAUUUUAUAGAUGAAGAAAUUUUUUAUCAGAAUCAGUAUUUGACAAUUUACGAAACGUUGGUUUAAAAUCAAUGUUUGUACAUUGAGAUUCAAUGAAAAAUCGAAGACCACGAAAAAACGAUGCAGGGAGAAUUUUUUUUGUUCUAACCAAAUUUUCAGUUCAAUUGUGAAUGAUUUCACGAGGUUCCUUUUAUG